GUCUGGCCAGGGCCGAAGCGGACCCUUCCGCAGUGUACCGUAGAACUUUACCGCGUGCCCUUUGCCCUUUUCCAUGUGAUGAUUAAUGCCACCUCUACCAGGUCCCGCGAAAAGACGGUGCCUUGCCUUGCCUCGCCUUGCCUUGCCUAUACCAAGCAGAGGGAAGAAGACACGCACUUCGUAGUACAUACAUGUAGCUAUGGAGGGCCAGGCCCCGGAUCAGAUGAUGCAGGGAGGCCAACACGCGUUCCGCGCCGCCGACGGAUCGCAGCCCGACUUGCCCAAAAGCACCAAACGGCAGCGAGUAUCACAGGCCUGUGGGCCGUGUCGAGACCGGAAGACUCGAUGCGACGGCCGCCAACCGAUAUGCCGUGCAUGCGAGACCAGAGGCGUGACCAAAAGCUGCAACUUCGACUACGUGCGGAGACAGCGGCAGCCUCGAGCAUCGGGAGCGAGUGUUGGACACUCGCCGCAGUCAGACAGUCUUCGCCACAUCCGAGAACUCGGAUCGGAUCCACGCAACCACGCGGCCGCUCAGGCGUUGUCAGACUUGGGACAACAGCCUCGAGAGGUCGUUGCCCCUGCCUCAAUGUCUACUACCAGCACCGUCCGCCCUUCCGAUUCCGCUCCCAGUGCACCGUCCGUCGCGGGCCAGUACCAGCCUACAUGGAGCACAACGUCGCGCGCAGAUGGUUUAGCUACCUUGGCCGAUGGCAGCGAUGGCUCCAUAUAUGGACCAUCGUCAGCUGUGGCAUUUCUACGCCAUGUCAUGCCUCACAAGUCGGGGACAGCGACACCGGUAGAGCCCAGCUUGCUCGAUCCGGACGUGAAGCCUCGACCAUCGGUGCCUCUCCCAGAUCGACAUCUACCCCGGAGUCACGGUCUAGCAGUGUUACCACGAAGACGUGAAGCAGACAACUUCCUGCUCUGUUACUGGGAGUUCAUACAUCCUCUCUUUCCCGUGCUUCACCGGCCGGCCUUUUUACGCAAGUAUGAGUCAUUAUGGAUCGAUACCGACGAUAAUAACAACAAAGCCAACGAGUCCGAGGUGGAAGAUGCCAUUUUCACUUCGACACUCAACUUGGUAUUCGCCAUAGGCUGUAAAUUCAGCAGCAUAAUCGAGGCGGCACAAAAGUCCACUGUCGCAGAAGAUUUCUUCCAGCGGUCGCGACAGUCAUAUGCUUUUGACAUAUUGGACUCUACCUCCAUCGCGGUGGUACAGAUGCUGGUGUUAACAGGCGUGUAUCUACAGUCGACCCAGCAUGCUAGCAGGUGCUGGAACUCAAUUGGGUUAGCGAUACGUAUGGCCCAGAGCAUUGGCUUGCAUGUCAACCAUAGCGGGCGCCAGCAGAUGUCACAGGUCGAACAACAAAUGCGUCGUAGGAUUUGGCAUACUUGCAUACACCUCGAUCGCCUCCUUUCUAUGACAUUCGGAAGGCCUGCGAUGAUUGAGAAGCAAAUUGAUGUGCCGGCUCCUGCACUGAUCGACGACGAAUAUCUGGCUGAUCGAGGUGUCGGAAGCCAAGCCACUGGUGUGCUCUCGCGGCUUGGAAUGUUCAUUUACUCCUCGCCGCUCAUGGAACUCCUUGAGGAGAUCCUAGAACGCUUCUAUCGACACAGUAGCCUGUCUCAAAACCGGAGUAGCUUCCCGGAAACUACUGAUAUAGUCACGCCUGUGCUGGUUAUCAACAGAAAGCUCGAUGACUUCGCGGAAACCGUUCCAGACUAUUUGCGCGUCUCAAACAAUAGUAGCACGCCAGGUAGGAAUGAGGAUCAUAUACUGCUGCAGCAACAAGUCUUGCAUAAUCGAUUCCUCUUCAUUCGCAUGCUAUCUCUCCGGCCCGUCCUGCUGGCAGCAACGAAGCGAGGCUCCCGACCAUUGACGAAAUACUCGCUCGAUGACGAUGUGAUCCGCAGCUGUUGCACCCGGUGCGUCUUAACAGCGUCCCGGCUGGUAGAUGGGAUUCACGACACAUUCUACACAUUGUACCGAAGUUCUGGCUGGCACUCAGUCUACUUCACGUUCAGUGCAGCAAUGACUCUGCUUGCGUCAUGGAAGAUUGACCAUUUGUUCUCGGGACCUGAAGGAGACACCAGAGAGACGACAUGGUCACGUUGUUUGGUGAUCUUGGAAUAUUAUGAGAAUCAAAUUCAUUCGGCCGAGCAUGCUAUCAAGAUUCUCAAAUCUCUCAAGCUGCAGAUCACAUCACGAGCACAAGCAUCAACAGUCACACAAGAGUCGCCCACCCAGCUGGACCCAACUCUCCGACCGACACCCAACACGGAGGGCGCGACUUCGACCACGGCCGACUUGUAUUCGACCCUCAGUAUGGACGAGUCGGAUCUGUUUGGCACUGAUAACAUCUCAGAGGCCUGGUAUGGACAACAACUGAUCAAUCUAGAUUGGCUCGAGAUUCCUCAGCUAUUGGCCAGGCCUGACUUUGAAUUCUUCAAAGACUCGACAGCCGCGUCUUGGUCCAGCACCAUCAAAUCCGGAUGCCCUGCUUCGACUCCCACGUGGCUUUCGCAUCCACUGCCCGUGAUACUCAAUUGA